GGUAGCACGGAAACUAGUUAGUUGUGGCAAUAGGGCGAUGGGUGGAGUCGGUUGUGCCAGGUGGAAGAGACAGAAGAUGCGAUGAUGAUAUAGUUGGGUUUGGGGGUGAGGUUAAGAGAGAGAGAGAGAGAGAAAAAGGGAGAAUGCAAGAGGAAGGGAAGGAAGAGAGAAGAAUUGAAGGUGUCACGGUAUGAUGAAGCUUUGCCCCAGUCACUGCCCGCAAGUCUUCGGAAAUAGUCGUGGUGAUAGUAGCUGUCACUCCCUCAACCACCCCCAGCAGGAGCAUAUAAUCCACGAGAUGAUUGAUUCUUCCGGCUGCUACUGGUGUAUUAUGAACAUCCUGCAGUUCGAGGAAACGGAACCAACACCAAGGGGGGAAAUAAAGCAGAAAGAAAAAAAAAAGAAAAAGAAAAAGAACAAAAGUGAAAAGAAAAAGUCCAGAACGAAAAAAAGCAGAAGGAAAAGGUUGCAAAGAAUAAUGGGAAAAUCACCAAAAGAAAAGAAAAGUUCUAGCCUACUCCGUACGCACUCACUGACAGUGUCUGUAGUCUGUACUGUAGUCUGUAGUCUGUAGGUACCGCCCUCCCUACACCAACCGAACCACUACGAAUCCACUUCAUUACUUAUUGGCUGCAUA